CCUCCUCCUCCCGCUGCUGCUUCUCCUUCAUCAGUCCGGCUCUGCGUGCGGAGAGAUCAGGUCCGAACCGAACCUGGGGCAGACGGGAGCGUGCACCACUCCGCCUGGGCUCAGACCUAUUUCUGUGAUCUAGGAGUCUUUUCUUUAUUGGGAAACUAUUCGGGAUUGGAAGAGUCAUUCAUGCUCCUGUGAGACAGACAGAAGUGAAGAUGAAGCGAAGGCUGUGCUGGGCAGCGUCUGCCUUCGUGGCACUGGUAAUACUGUCAAGUGUGAACGCUCAGAGUGAAGUUCUGGCGCCGUCCGAUUUAAGGUUUAACAUUUUGAAUCAGAAAACAGUAGAAAUGACAUGGCGGCGGCCCCUGACCAGGAUACAGGGCUACAGAAUACAAGUGGCUUCAGACACAGAUGAAGCCGUGAGAGAGUUCACACUCUCCUCCUCAGAAACUAAGACCAUCAUUAGAGAUUUAACCCCUGAUGUGGACUACGUGGUCACCAUCUACUCAUAUUCAGGGUCUCAGGAGAGCAUUCCCAUCACCGGCCAGAUCACCAUUCAGUCGAGUGGGUCUGACGGAGGUCCCAAACGUCCCAAAGUCACAGAUGCAGUUAAAUGCUCAGCUGCAGUGGUGGCAGACGUGGUCUUCCUGGUGGACGGUUCCUGGACCGUGGGCCAGGAGAACUUCAAAUACGUCCGCAGCUUCGUUUCAGCUGUCGCCGGCGCCUUCGACAUCGACGAGGGGAAGAGCAAAGUGGGCGUGGUCCAGUAUGGUACCGACGCCAGGACCGAGUUCACGCUGAACCAGCACCUGAGACGGGACGAAGUGCUGCGUGCCAUCAACAGCCUGUCCUACAAAGGGGGAGACACCACGACAGGCGCCGGCUUGGACUACGUGUUCAGGAACGCCUUCAGCGAAACCGCCGGUGCCAGGAGAGGAUUCCCCAAGGUGGCGGUGGUUAUCACGGGCGGAAUGUCGCGGGACUCAGUGGUGGAAAACGCUAGAAGACUGAUGAACAGCGGCGUCGAAAUCUUCACUCUGGGCAUCAAGAACGCAGACGUGGACGAGCUGAGACGGAUGGCGUCCGCCCCCCACGGCACGCACGUGUACUCCGUCUCUAAUUACGAGCAGAUCAAGAGCGUCCAGAAGGAUCUCAUCACGCAGGUCUGCGCCGGCGUGGAGAACCAGCUGAUCCCCACCGACAGCGUCCGGGAAGUGGUCGAACCCGCCUCGAGCCUGGAGGUGAAAGAGACCUCGUCCAAAUCCAUGCGCCUGUCCUGGGUGGCCUCGGCGGGCGACGUGAGCGGCUACAAGCUACAGCUGAUACCCUUGGCGGCCGGGGGCAAGCGGCAGGAGCUUUACGUGGGUCCCACCCAGACGGCGGUGAACGUCAGGGACCUCUCGCCCGACACCGACUAUCAGAUCAGUCUGUUCGCCCUGAAGGGACUGAACCCCAGCGAGCCGGUCGUGAUCAUGGAGAAGACCGAACCUCUGAAAGUAUCGCUGGAAUGUUCUCUUGGCGUGGACGUCCAGGCCGACGUCGUCCUCCUGGUCGACGGAUCGUACAGUAUCGGACUGGCCAACUUCGCCAAAGUCCGAUCUUUCCUGGAGUACCUGGUGAACUCGUUCGACAUCGGGCCGAACAAGGUCCAGAUCAGCCUGGUGCAGUACAGCCGGGACACGCACACCGAGUUCUACCUGAACACCCACCACAACCUGGACGCCGCCAUCAGGGCCGUCAGGACCUUCCCCUACAGAGGGGGCUCCACCAACACCGGCAAGGCCAUGACCUACGUCCGGGAGAAGAUCUUCGUCUCGGGCCGCGGCGCCCGCGACAACGUGCCUCGCCUGACCAUCCUCAUCACCGACGGCAAGUCCUCGGACGCCUUCAAAGAUCCCGCCACCAGGCUGAGGAACGCCGACGUGGAGAUCUUCGCCGUGGGCGUGAAGGACGCCGUGAGGUCCGAGCUGGAGGCCAUCGCCAACCCUCCGGCCGACACCCACGUCUUCACCGUGGAGGAUUUCGACGCCUUCCAGAGGAUCUCCAAGGAGCUGACGCAGGCCAUCUGUCUGCGCAUCGAGCAGGAGCUCCAGAACAUCAAGAAGAGGAGUCUGCUCCCGCCUACGUCUCUCAGCUUCUCCGAGAUCAGCUCCCGAAGCUUCAGGGCCACGUGGGACACGGACGCGGCUGACGUGGAGGCGUACCUGGUGCAGUUCAGGCCCGCCGACGAUCCCAGCGCCGGCUACGUCUCCAUCUCGGUACCAGGAGACACCACCACGACCAAGCUGGUCCACCUCACUCCCCUCACCAAGUAUGAGGUCAACGUCUACGCCCAGUACGAUAAAGGAGACAGUUUCCCUCUCACUGGCUUCGAGACCACUCUGGAAGAACGAGGCUCCCCACAGAACCUGCGAGUUUUCGACGAGGGGAUGAACUCCAUGCAGGUGGCGUGGGACGCGGCGCCGGGCGGGGUCCAGCAGUACGUGGUUUCCUAUCAGCCGACCGAGGGCGGAGAACUGAAGGAGGUGGCGGUGAGGAGAGAGAACACGGCCACUCCCCUCACCGACCUGCAGCCCGGCACCGAAUACCAGAUCGCUGUCCGAGCUCAGUACUCCUCCGGCCUGGGUCAUCCGCUGGAGGGCACUGGCACCACGCUCGAUGAGCUCGGCUCCCCGAGAGAUCUAAUAACCAGCGACGUGACCGAGUCCAGCUUCAUGGUGUCGUGGUCAGCCGCCCCGGGUCGGGUCAGGCAAUACCGCGUCCGCUGGAAGUCUGAGUUCAGUGACGAGUCGGGGGAGACGACUGUUCCAGGAGACGUGACCAGCACCCUGCUGGAGGGUCUGAGCCCUGAAACGCGCUACCAAGUGUCCGUGUUCGCCUCCUACAGUCUUGGAGAGGGAGAGCCGCUGGUGGGAGGAGAGACCACUGACGCUUCGGCGGCCGCGAAGGCUCUGAGGGUCUUCGACGAGACCGAGAGGACGAUGAGGGUGCGCUGGCAGGCGGCCCCGGGCCGGGUCCUGAGCUACAGGGUGACGUACCAGCCGCAGUCGGGCGGCCGCGAGCUGACCCUCAAAGUGCCGCACAACGUGACGACGGCAACGCUGAAGAAGCUGCAGUCCAUGACCACGUACGACAUCAGCGUCCACCCCGUCUACAGGCGCGGAGAAGGCAAAGCAAGGCAAGGAGUAGGAACCACACUCUCACCCUACAAAGCACCGAGGAACCUCCAGACCUCCGAACCAACCAAGACCAGCUUCAGGGUGACGUGGGACCCGGCGCCGGGCGACGUGCGCGGCUACAAGGUGACCUUUCACCCCUCGGGCAGCGGGGUGAACCUGGAGGAGCUGCUGGUGGGUCCGUACGACAACACCGUGGUGCUGGAGGAGCUCAGAGCAGGAACGAAGUACUCGGUGGCCGUGUUCGGGAUGUUCGAUGGGGGGCAGAGUUUGCCCCUGGCUGGAGAGGAGAAAACAACCCUCAUUGACCCACCUGAAAAUCCAACCCUGGACCCUCCUGAUACUCAGUGUAAAACCACAGCCAAGGCUGACAUCAUGCUGCUGGUGGACGGAUCCUGGAGCAUCGGCCGCAUCAAUUUCAAGACCAUCCGCUCCUUCAUCGCCCGCAUGGUGGGCGUGUUCGACAUCGGACCGGACAAGGUCCAGAUCGGUCUGGCUCAGUACAGCGGAGACCCUCGGACCGAGUGGCAACUCAACGCCCACAGGAGCCUCCAGUCCUUACUGAGCGCCGUGAACAACCUGCCGUACAAAGGCGGAAACACCAUGACAGGUCUGGCCCUGAACUACAUCCUGGAGAACAACUUCAAACCCAGCGUGGGUCUCAGACCCGACGCCCUCAAGAUCGGCGUCCUGAUCACCGACGGCAAGUCUCAGGACGACAUCGUAAUCAGCUCUGGGAGACUCAGAGAAAAGGGCAUCGAACUUUACGCCAUCGGCGUGAAGAACGCAGACGAGAACGAGCUGAGGUCCAUCGCCUCGGACCCCGACGACAUCCACAUGUACAACGUCAACGACUUCUCCUUCAUGAUGGACAUCGUGGACGAUCUAUCGGUCAACCUCUGUAACAGCGUCAAAGGAGGAGCCAAGGGUCCCGGGACGCCCACAGACCUGGAGACGUCCGAGGUCACCUACUACUCCUUCCGUGUCACCUGGAUUCCCCCCGAUGAGCCGGUGGAGAGGUUCCGCAUCGAGUACGUCCCAGCGGCGGGAGGCGAGACCAAAACGCUGUACGUGGACGGCGAGGAGAACACGCUGGUCCUGAAGGAACUGACCCCCAUGACGGAGUACGUCGUCAACGUCUUCUCCGUCAUCGGCGACGAGAGCAGCGAACCCCUCAAGGGCACCGAGACCACGCUGCCCCUGCCGUCCGUGAAGAGCAUGACCGUCUACGACGAGGCUACGACCACCAUGCGGGUGAGAUGGGAGUUGGCACCGGGCGCCAGCGGCUACAUGCUUCUCUACAGCCCGCUCAACGCCACCGUGCCAACGGCGGAAAAAGAGAUGCGAUUCGGGGCCGACGUGAACGACGUCCAGCUGCAGCAGCUGCUGCCCAACACGGAAUACUCGGUGUCUGUGUUGGCUCUGCACGGCGACAUGGCCAGUCAGCCCCUCACUGACCGCGGGGUCACACUCCCCCUGCCUCCCUCCGGUAAGCUGAAGGUCAGUGAGGUCACUCACAGCUCCAUGCGCCUGAACUGGGACGCGGCGCCGGGGAGGGUGGACAAGUACAUCGUCACCUACAAACCCGAGGGGGGAGAGGUGCUGGAGGAUGAAGUGGGCGGUGAUGUCACCACACUGGUUUUGAAGAACCUGCGUUCUCAGACCGAGUACGAUCUGGCUGUGACUCCUGUUUAUGCCGAGGGUCCCGGGAACACCAUGAUCAACAGCCAGAUCACAGAUGUCGUUCCAGCCCCGAAGAACCUGAGGUUCUCUGAGGUGACGCAGACCUCGUUCAGGGCCACGUGGGAGCACGGAGCGCCCGACGUCGCCCUCUACCGCAUCGGAUGGAAGAAGAAAGUCGACAGCGAGUAUCAAAACGCGAUCCUGAACAACGACGAAACCUCUCACGUCCUGAGCGACCUGGACCCGGACACCCCGUACGACGUCACCGUCACCGCCAUCUACCCCGACGAAUCGGAGAGCGAGGACCUGAUGGGCAGCGAACGCACACUAUCAAGGACGGUUUCACCCGUGACCACCGGACCUCCUCAGAACUUGCAGGUGUACAAUGCCACCACCGCCACGCUGACCGUGAAGUGGGACCACGCCCCGGGCCCGGUCCAGAGCUACAAGAUCGACUUCCAGCCACUGGCCGGUGGAAAAGCCAUGUCGACCCAGGUCGGGGGUAAGAAGAACAACGUUAUUCUUCAGAAGCUGACCCCUGACACGCCCUACUCCAUCACCGUGGCUGCAGUCUACCGCAGCGGAGAGGCCAAGGACAUUUCUGGCCAGGGAAAGACAAAACCGCUGGGUGGAGUGAGGAACCUGCAGGUCCUGAAUCCCACCAUGACCAGUCUGAAUGUGCGCUGGGAACCAGCAGAGGGAAAAGUAAAGGAAUAUAAAGUCAUCUACGCUCCUACAGCUGGUGGAGCUGAAACCAUGGAGCAGGUUUCGGGUACCAGCACCAUCCUGAGGGGCCUGCAGCCGGACACGCUGUACACCGUCACUGUGCACCCCGUGUAUGCCGAGGGCGACGGCAAGAGGAUGUCGGAGAACGGAAAGACACGACCCCGGGGCGGAGUGAAGAACCUGAGAGUCACCGACCCCACCAUGACCUCCCUCAACGUCAGGUGGGAACCUGCAGACGGGGCGGUGCGCAACUACAAGAUCUUCUACGUCCCUGCGGCCGGAGGCACCGAGGACAUGGAGCAAGUUCCUGUUGGUACAAACAACAUCAUUCUGAGGAACCUUCAGCCCAACACUCUGUACACCGUAUCAGUGGUGCCAGUGUACCCAGCUACAGAGGGUCGCCGCCAGUCUGAGAACGGGAAGACCCUUCCUCUCAGCGGCGUGAGGGGGCUCCGUAUUACCGACGCCACGUUCACGACUCUCACGGCGGCCUGGGACGUGGCGGACGGGAACGUUCAGGGCUACAAAGUCAUCUACGUGCCCACAAACGGUGGCAUCGAGCUCAUGGAACAAGUAUCUGAAAGCACCACCUCAUUAGUGAUGAAGAACCUGCAGCCCGACACGCUCUACACGGUCACUGUGGUCCCCAUGUACGCCGAGGGAGAUGGACCACAGCUCUCUGAGAAGGGCAGGACCAAACCUCUGGGCAGCGUGAGGAACCUGCAGGUUACUGACCCCACCAUCAACUCACUGAACGUUCGCUGGGAGCCUGCUGAGGGCGCCGUCAGAGAGUACAUCGUCAUCUACGUUCCUGCAGCUGGUGGUGAACAGGAAGUGGAGCAGGUCUCGGGUUUGACCACGUCCACUGUUCUGAGGAACCUGGAGCCCGACACGGUCUACACCGUCACCCUGGUUCCUGUUUAUCACGAGAUGGAGGGCAAGUCCCUGUCGGAGAGUGGAAAGACGAGGCCGUUGGGUGGAGUCCGUAAUCUGAAGGUGACAGACCCGACUGCCAGCACGCUGACCGUCCGCUGGGAGCACGCAGACGGAAACCCGCGCAACUACAAGGUCUUUUAUGUUCCACAACCAGGAACUGAGGAGAAAAUGGAACAAGUUUCUGGAGGCACCACCACCACUGUCCUGCGUAAUUUGAACCCCAACACCGAGUACAAGGUCACGCUGUUACCCGUUUAUGAUCUGGACGUGGAGGGCAAACGCCAGUCUGAUAACGGGAAAACCAAGCCGCUGGGUUCGGUGAAGAACCUCCAGGUGACCGACCCCACCAUUAACUCUCUGAGGGUGCGCUGGGACCCGGCCGACGGGGACGUCCGUCAGUACAACGUCCUCUACACUCCUACUACAGGAGGAGCUGAGAGCAUGACCCAAGUCUCUGGAGUUUCCACCAACACCGUUCUGAGGAAUCUACAGCCGAACACGGACUACCGGGUCACCGUGGUGCCGGUGUAUGCUGACAUGGAGGGAAAGAAGCAGUCGGAGAACGGGAAGACCAAACCUUUGGGCGGAGUGAAGAACCUGCAGGUGAGCGACCCCACCACCAGCUCUCUCAGGGUGCGCUGGGAACCAGCUGAAGGAAACGUGCGCCAGUACCGGCUCUUCUACGUACCAGCGUCUGGUGGAGCUGAAGACAUGGAGCAAGUAUCUGGAGGAACCACCAACACCGUCCUGAGGAACCUCUUAUCGGAUACGGAGUACACCGUGACCGUGGCUCCGGUGUAUCCUGAGGGCGAAGGGCUCCGGCAGUCUGAGAAAGGAAAGACGCUUCCUCGUACUCCACCCAGGAACAUCCAGGUUUAUAAUCCCACUCCCAACAGUCUGAACGUGCGCUGGGAGCCGGCGUCGGGACAGGUGCAGCAGUACCGCGUCACGUACACCCCGCUCACCGGAGUCCGACCAUCUGACUUCGUUCUGGUUCCCGGAAACACCAACCAAGCCUUCCUGGAUCAGCUGGUCCCGGACACGCCGUAUUCCGUCAACGUCCAGGCGGUUUACGCAGACGGAGACGGACCGGCGCUCCCAGGAAACGGCAAAACACUGCCACGCGGCGGGCCCAGGAACAUGCGGGUGUAUGAUGCCACCACCAGCACCCUCAGUAUCGGCUGGGAUCACGCCGAAGGACCCGUGCAGCGCUAUAGGAUCUCGUACGCUCCACUGACCGGAGCCCCCAUCACUGAGUUUACCGCUGUUCCCGGUAACAGAAACAAUGCCAUCCUACAAAAUCUGCAGCCCGACACCCCGUACAACAUCACGGUGCAGGCUCUGUACGCUGAUGCACAGGGAGGAUCUCUGGUCGGAAACGGAAAAACACUCGGCCUGCUGGAGCCCCGUAACCUCCGCGUCUCUGAUGAGUGGUACACCCGCUUCCGUGUGUCCUGGGACCCGGUGCCAUCACCAGUGCUGGGGUAUAAACUGGUGUACCAGCCCACGGAUAAGGACGAGACCUUGGAGGUUUUCGUUGGUGACGCCACGUCGUAUACGCUUCACAACCUGGAGCCUGGUACAACGUACGACGUGAAAGUGUUCGCUCAGUACGACGGCGGCAUGAGCGGCGCCCUCAUGGGACAAGGAACAACACUCUACCUCAACGUGACCAACCUGGAAUCCUACAACGUGGCUCACGACCAGUUCUGCAUCCGAUGGAACCCACACCGAGCCGCCACGUCCUACAGGAUCAAACUCAACCCGCUGGACCCAUGGGCUCGAGGUCAGCAGGAGAUCACCAUCACGGCGGCACAGAGCCAGUACUGCUUCGACGGUCUGAGUCCCGAUUCACUCUACAACGCCACAGUGUUCGUACAAACCCCCAACCUGGAGGGACCAGGGGUCAGCACCACGGAGCGCACCUUGGUGAAGCCGACACCGUCUCCGACUUCUCCUCCUACUCCUCCUCCUCCACCCACCAUCCCCCCCGGCUGGGCAGUGUGUAAAGGAGCCAAGGCGGACGUGGUGUUUCUGAUCGACGGCUCGUGGAGCAUCGGUGAGGAGAGCUUCCACAAAGUGCUGCAGUUCAUCUUCAGCAUCAUGGGAGCUUUCGACGUCAUCGGCCCGUCUGGAAUGCAGGUGGCGUUUGUGCAGUACAGUGACGACGCAAAGACCGAGUUCAGACUGAACACUUACAGUGACAAGGGCACGGCGCUGGCCGGGCUUCAGCUCGUCCGCUACAAGGGAGGAAACACCAAGACAGGCGUGGCCCUGAAGCACGUGUACGACAGAAUGUUCACCUCGGACAGCGGAAUGAGGAGGAACGUCCCGAAGGUGGUGGUGGCCGUUACCGACGGUCGCUCUCAGGACGACGUGAGGAAAAACGCCGCCAAGCUGCAGCACGCCGGUUACAGCGUGUUUGUGGUGGGCGUGGCUGACGUGGACUACGUGGAGCUCCAGAACAUCGCCAGCAAACCCAGCGAACGGCACGUUUUUGACGUGGUGGAUUUUGAUGCCUUCUCCACCAUCCAGGAACGACUGGUCACCUUCAUCUGUGAGACCUCGUCCUCCACUUGUCCUCUGAUCUACGUGAAUGGCUUCACAUCUCCAGGUUUCCGAAUGCUGGAGGCCUUUAAUCUGACCGAGAGGACGUACGCUGGGAUUAAAGGCGUGUCCAUGGAACCCGGUUCCUUCAACAGCUACACGGCCUACAGGCUUCACAAGAACGCCUUCAUCAGCCAGCCGUCUGUGGACGUCCAUCCAGACGGUCUCCCCCCCUCCUACACCGUCAUCCUGAUGUUCCGGCUGCUUCCGGACACGCCCGCUGAGGCCUUCGAUAUCUGGCAGGUGUCGGAUAAGAACCACAAGCCCGAGAUCGGCGUCACUAUCGACCCCUCCAAACAGACCAUUUCAUUUUACAACAAGGACACGCGAGGGGAGAUCCAGAGGGCCACGUUCGACACCCCUCAAGUGAAGAACAUCUUCCACGGAAGCUUCCACAAGCUCCACAUCAUGGUCUCACCCAAGAGCGUCAGACUGAACCUGGACUGCCAGCAAGUGGCUGAAAAGGAAAUAAAAGAAGCAGGAAACACGUCAGCUGAUGGGUAUCAAGUACUCGGCAAAAUGUCCAAAUCCCUCGGCUCUAAAGGGGAAUCAGCAACGUUCCAGCUCCAGAUGUUCGACAUCGUCUGCACCCUGGGCUGGACGAGCCGGGACAGAUGUUGUGACCUGCCCUCACUGAGAGACGAGUCCAAGUGUCCAGCACUUCCCAACGCCUGCACGUGCACUUCAGAAAGCUCCGGACUGCCCGGCCCUCAGGGGCCCGUGGGAGCUCCUGGUAGUAAAGGCCCUCGAGGUGAAAGAGGGGAGUCUGGCGCGGUCGGUCCGGUUGGACCACGUGGAGAGUUGGGCCCACCAGGACCGAUGGGUCUGCCAGGACCGCAGGGCCCGAGCGGUCUCUCUAUUCCAGGAGAAGCAGGUCGACAAGGACCUAAAGGAGACCCCGGAGACGCUGGACUACCUGGACAGAAAGGUCCACCUGGUCCGGCCGGUCCCGUCGGUCCUAUGGGAAUUGCUGGUGUGAGGGGACCCUCAGGAAAGGAAGGACCUGCUGGACCCAGAGGCCCCCCAGGACCGAUGGGGGCACCUGGAUCUCCAGGAAUGCCGGGUCCUACAGGACAGCCUGGCAAGUCUGGUGAAAACGGCGUUCCUGGACCCAGCGGUAUAAAAGGAGACAAGGGUGAGAGGGGAGAUCUGGCCUCUCAGGGAAUGAUGCGCUCCAUUGCCAGACAAGUGUGUGAGCAACUGGUCAACAGUCAGAUGAGCCGAUUCAGCGACAUGAUCAACCAGAUCCCCAGUGACAUGCGCAGUAACAGUCCCGGACCUGCCGGCCCGCCCGGAGCCCCCGGUACUCCCGGUCCUCGUGGAGAACCCGGCAGGAUCGGACAGAACGGCUUCCCAGGGAGGUCAGGUUUACCCGGGUCACAGGGAGAGAGGGGACUCGCUGGAGAGAAGGGGGACAGAGGAAGUCCAGGGAUUGGUGAGAGAGGACAGCGCGGCCCACCCGGACCACCUGGUCAGCCAGGCGAGUCCAGACAAGGACCUCCGGGUCCCAGCGGCUCUCCAGGUUCUCGCGGUUCUCCCGGUCGUAACGGUGUCCCAGGGGCCCGAGGACCACCGGGACCCCCCGGCUACUGCGACUCCUCUCAGUGUGUGGGAAUCCCGUACAACGGCCAGCCGUACAGAGAAGCUGCUCCCCGCCAGCCCGAGCCCUAUGAAAACGAAAACCCCGUCCCUGAGGAAGAUUUCGAGAUCUCACCCGCCGGGCGCCGCAGGAGAUCGCUCUCCAGGAGACCGAACGCAUUAGCAUCGUGAGCGCAGCACGCCGCUCCCCGCCACGCCCUGUCCAUCCGACCGAGAUCCUGAACACUUCUUUAUUUUUAAAUAUCUGCUCGAUUUUAGAGGGAACAGAUCCCGGUAACAGAUCCCAGAUCUCCACGUACGCCUGUAAAUGUUCCGCUCCCUCAUCGCUUUAGCUUCGUCUCACGCUCGCCGACCCCCCGUGCUUCCUCCAUCACACUUCACAUCACACCGUUCACUCACACGAUCGACUCCCAUCACCCGCUCAUCUCCACCCGUCGUCACGGUAACUUUACUUUAAACCGAAUAUUUAUCGUUUUAAUAUCGACUCACAGCGUACGGAAGGUGGAUUUGCAUGUCUGUCGUGUAUAUUUAGAAAGAUUUUUUUUGUUUUCCUCUCAUUUUUUUUAUGUUUUAUUUGAAUUUUAAUCAGAAUAUAAUUUGAGUCCUCGUCGUCGUAUCAGUAUCCAGUGCAGUUGGCAUCUCCGCGUGACGCCGCGUCAUGUUCUUAACUGCAGAUUGUGAAUUCAUAGCCUUAUUUUCUUAUUUAUUUCUGAAAACAGAGGAGGCAUUUUUCAAUAAAACUACUGAAAAUA